CGCCUCCUACCAAAAAAAAAAAAAAAAAAAAAAAAAAAAAAAAAAAAAAAAAAAAAAAAAUUAAAAAUCCUAGCCCCGUGGAGCUGGAGCUCGCUCAUUCACAGUUUUCUAGAGAGAUCUGAGCCUGAACCUGGGAGCCGGGAGAUCUUUCUCGCCCAAGCAAGGACACCUACGGGGGGGGAAAAAAACCAUCCCACGCAGCCCCCCGCCGCCCCACGGCAGGCUGCCUGGCGCUGUGCAGUAAGUGAUGGAAUAACAACACUUUCCUUUGGAUGGAUUAUGCUACAUGUGAACUGCUUGUUACUCCUCCUGCAAAAAUAAGAAAAGCCCUUCACUUUAAUUUGUUAAAUAUCAGCUUGAAAGCAAAAAGCUUCUGAAUGGCUCACGCUCAUAGCAGACCAUCCAUUGAAUGGGAUCAGCACUUCUCCUACUAAAAUAUCUGAAGUUAAAGAUUUGGAAAAGAGGUUUUUGCAGAGAUGACCCAUUUACAAGCUGGACUUAGUCCAGAGACUAUAGAGAAAGCCCGCCUGGAACUGAAUGAAAACCCAGACAUUUUGCAUCAGGAUAUCCAACAAGUCAGGGACAUGAUCAUCACAAGGCCUGAUAUUGGGUUUUUACGUACAGAUGAUGCCUUCAUCUUGAGAUUUCUUCGAGCCAGAAAGUUUCACCAAACUGAGGCCUUCAGACUGUUGGCUCAGUACUUCCAGUAUCGCCAAUUAAAUCUGGAUAUGUUCAAAAACUUCAAGGCUGAUGAUCCAGGAAUCAAACGGGCUCUGACAGAUGGGUUCCCGGGAGUACUGGAAAAUCGUGACCACUGUGGCAGGAAGAUUCUUCUGCUUUUUGCAGCCAACUGGGAUCAGAGUAGGAACUCCUUCAUAGAUAUCCUUCGGGCUAUCCUGCUGUCCUUGGAAGUGCUCAUCGAAGAUCAGGAGCUUCAGAUAAAUGGCUUCAUUCUAAUUAUAGAUUGGAGCAACUUCUCCUUCAAGCAAGCCUCCAAGCUUACGCCAUCUAUCCUCAAACUGGCUAUUGAAGGGUUACAGGACAGCUUUCCUGCCCGCUUUGGAGGAGUCCAUUUUGUCAACCAGCCCUGGUACAUCCAUGCCCUGUACACACUAAUCAAACCGUUCCUCAAAGACAAGACAAGGAAAAGGAUCUUUCUUCAUGGUAACAACCUGAACAGCCUUCACCAGCUAAUACACCCUGAAUGCCUGCCCUCUGAAUUUGGGGGGACUCUUCCUCCGUACGACAUGGGGACGUGGGCUCGAACGUUACUCGGUCCUGACUACAGCGAUGAAAACGAGUACACCCACACCUCCUACAACGCCAUGCACGUGAAGCACACGUCCUCCAACUUGGAGCGGGAGGCCUCACCCAAACCCAUGAAAAGGUCCCAGUCCGUGGUGGAAGCCGGCACGCUGAAGCACGAAGACCAGGGGGAAAGCGAGAACACCCAGCCGCUGCUGGCUCUGGACUGAGCUCCCACAUGCCCGGCACACACGGAUCCAUCAACAGGCCUCCACCGUACCAGAAACCCACAGAGCACACUACACACACACAAACACAUGCUUGAGAAUCAAGUCCUUCAUGUUUCUUGACCAAGUAACAACUGUCACCAGCCAUCUGUCCGUGCGGCCAACGCUGAACAAUACCUGAGAAAUUUCUAUUGACACAGGAGUCUGUCCAUAUACAAGGAAUUUUUUUUUUUUUUUGACUUAUUAAUAUUGGAAAUGGUGGGACUGCAUUCUCUGUUUAAAGAAACCAGGGUGUGUCAGUAGUUUUCCUGAAUACUCCAGCAGGGAUGCUCAGUUUUACAGAAGCAAAGGUUAAGUGUGUUUUAAAGAAAAGCAUCUCAGAUUUCAAAUUUGCACUGUAAUCAGCAGUUUAACCUGGCUCAGAGGGCAGAAACAGCAGCAUCUACAGAGUACUCUGCAGAAGGAUUUUGCAUUAAAAAAAGGAAAAAAAAAAAACCAAACCUGUCAGCAUAAUGCCAUUCAACAUGACACUCUGUGACUGCCUUAUCCAUGCUGCUUAUAGGGGGUCACUUUUCAGUAUCUAGUAAAAAUCAUUCUUAAUUUUUGAAGCCCUUAAAAAACUGUCAGCUAUGUGGGAUGAGCUGUGUGGGCAGCAGACACACACAAUUUGAAAUGCAAUUAUUUAAUUUUAACAAUGUGUUUUUCCACAGGCAACUUGGGACCCUAUUAGACAUGUGCGUGUGCACAGGUGAUGGGGGGGGGUGUGUGUGCUAGGGACACUCAAUGGACAGAUUCAGCAGUGAUUAACAGUUCAGUCCAGAUUGUUUCAUUUAGGUCACAACAGCAAACGAAAGCUCUGCAGAGCCAUUUACCCCCUUCCCUCCUGCAGUCAGUGAAAGGUGUAGCCAGAGGGGUAUGCUGGUUGCAGAUGCAGGCCAUGGUUAAAAUGAAAAAGAAAAAACCUAGGAUUAAUUAUUUAGUACAAGCUUCUGCUAGAAAGAAAUGUGGAAGAAUAGGAGAAGUGAAAAGCCAAAGACCAGUUUGUUAUUUCUCUGUUUGCUCUAGCUGCAGAGAGAGUCUCAUCCCUUCACUGAAAUGGAAACCAGAUUAAAGAAAUAAAAGAAAAAUUGUUAUCAAA